AACAAUGUAAAAUAGGCAACUAAAAUAGAAGUAGCUUUGUUCAUAGUACUGGCGCUUCCUCUGGCUUUUAGAUCUAAAUUAAGUGCAGUUGGGAGUUUAAUUAAAAUUAUAUAAAUUUAGAUAAAUGCACGCUCGCGUAAUGUAGCGUCCGUAUGCAAAUGAAUAUAGGUAAAUACCAAGUGAUACAUUGAGGAAUUAAGGAAGAGGACCUUGAAGUGACUUUGUGGGUACAGGGGCAUCUGUCCUUUUAUCCUUGAAAAUAGCUGCCUGCUUUACUUGUAUCAUUAUUUUUUCUCGGGUCUCUAAUUACAACCAACCUGUACGGUCGAGCGACAGAUUGCGGAAAGUGAGAAUUGGCGGUAUUAUGACACAGAUUUUGCCGACGGGUGGAGUGACGUUCUGGACCUAGAACCCCCUUGGGAGCCCCAGAGAAAUUCAGAUAAGCUAUGGAAGGAUACGUUGCGAAGCGGGUGGACGAUAAAAUCCCCCUCCCAGCUCCAGUAUCCCACCACCCCAGGUUCUUCAAGACCAAGUUCCGCGAAACCACCCGAUUCUACCAGCUGGCCCUGUUCAUGAUUCCACUGGGGACGCUUUUUAUCGCUAUUGGAGUUUUCAUUCCGCGUUGGAUGGAUGUCCAAAUUUUUAAAUUUGUUACCCUUUCAAAGGAUUAUAGCAUCGGACUAUGGGAGAAAUGUGACACCCUUAAGGAAAAAUGCUCCGUGCGCCUAGAUUCAUCGCUAAAAGACUUUGAGUUCACGGUGCGGGCCUUUGCUGUGUCGGGACUGAUAGUGUCCGUCAUAGCUUCCGUCCUGAUCGUCCUCUGUGUGUUUGUACCCAGGUUCUCAGAGCGCACCUUGUUCCACGUGUUGACCUCAGGUACCUGUUACCUGGCAGCCACCCUGUCCCUUGCCAGCAUCACCAUUUUCGCCAAUGAGAACAAAAUAACGAGGGCGUACACGCUGUCAUAUUCGUUCUACCUUAUUCUGUUCGGAGCGUUUUUCUGCAUUCUGUUGUCUGCUGUUUUGAUUAACGUAUAUGUGUACAGAAAAUGGAAAAAUGAACAUCGCAUGAUGAAAAUUUCCCGGCGAGAUUUAAGAGUGGCACAGCCGGUUCACCGCGGACGUACCAGUGAUUACGGUGAUGAUGACCAGGAUGAUGUACCCAGCGAGAAGAGGCAGUACAGCGACGACGACCGCUCCAGAUACAGCGAAGACAUGUCCAAACACAGCGAAGACUUCUCCACGAAGCAGAGCGAGAUCUGAGCGAGACCUACAGUGUGACAUCGAAGGCGCUGCAUUGCGUCAUUGCAGGGGUCUCCAUGCUGUGAGAGAAUAUGUCGUCUCGAUAUUGACCAGUAUCACGGUUAUAUGGUAUAUAUCUGGACCAAAAAUACCUCAGUAUUACACGGGAAGUAUUGGAAAGAGAAUCUGUAUAUCUGUGUAAUAAAGGACACCGGUUCUUGUGUAUUGUAUCAAUCUGGUUACACUGUAUCAUCGGCAUAUCGUGGACACAAGUUUGUCCAUUCAUCACUCUCCGUGUAUUCAAACAAUGUCUCUCAUUUAUUGCACGUGUUUAAUAUUUAAGACAUGUAUAUAUAAUCAUUGCUAGGGAUCCAUUACCCAUUUUUUCCAUGCAGUGUAUUCUUGUAUAGUGCUCAUAUUCAAUACAAGGGGAAAUUUUGUCACCCCUUAAUUGGCUUUUUGAAAUGGCAGACCUAAAGGAUCUAUUGUACAGUGUGUGUUAAAAAGUAAGGUAUUUCGUCAAUCAAAUUGCUACAUCUUGUGCAGAAUUCAAUGUUUCUAAGCUAUGUGUGCUGAACAUGAAUGUCUAAUUAUCUGUAAAUAUAGCUCUGAAUGUGUAAUUUUUCAAUUAUAUACAUGUAAAUGCAUUAUGAUUAGUUUCACAUGUACAUGUAUUUUCCUAGUGACAAGAAACUUGAUAUUGCCUUCUUUUAAUGUUUUAUUGUUAUUUUUAGAAAUGCGUUGCACUUGUAGAAUUGUACACGAUCUAAGGAGAGUAUAACUUCACUUUAAAAUAUUAUAUUAACAUUAUAUACUUCAGUAUUUGUUUUAUUGAUGAGAAAUAAUAAAAACAAGCAAAUCCCUU